AUGACUAGUGUUCUUGUUCAGACUCUCCUGCUGGGUGUCAUCAGCCUCACCCUCCACACAGCAGUGGAGGCUGUGGAGGAGCAGUGUGGGACGCUCACCUCCCACAUGGAGUGGAACGGCAGCUACAUAGCCAAUUUCUCCUCUCAAACCCUGAGACCAUUCCUGGGUCUGAACGUGACGUUCACCUUCAAUCUUCCCGUCACCAGAGUCAACAACUGGGGGGGUUCCUCCAAAAAGAUAAACGACACUCACUUCAGGUUGAUCACCGGAUACAAGUUUGCUGAGACCGGGACCUACGUCAACUUCCAGUUCAAUGUGUUCUACGAGGGAAGCAGCAAACCUUUGAUCAUCGCUAUUGACAUGAACGGCCAGGACGCUUGUGACGGGUCGGUGGUGUGGGUACCAGGUCCUUCCCCCGUGCAGCCUUGUCAACCCACCGGGAUGAAGAAGUACGAUUACAGCCAGGCUCUGUGCAUGUCCUUCCUGUUCUACGAGGCUCAGAGGUCUGGUCAACUGCCUGAGGAGCAGCGCGUCACCGGCUGGAGGUGGAACUCAGCCAUGAACGAUGGAGCUGAUGUGGGUCAUGACCUGACUGGAGGCUACUACGAUGCUGGUGACCACGUCAAGUUCGGCUUCCCAAUGGCCUUCACAGCCACCGUCCUGGCCUGGGGCCUCCUCGACUUUCGUGAAGGUUAUGAUAAAGCCGGUCAGACGGAAUACGGUCGAGCUGCUAUCAAAUGGGCCACCGACUACUUCCUGAAGGCUCACACAGGCGAAUACGAACUGUACGGCCAGGUUGGCUCAGGUCAUCUUGAUCACGAUUUCUGGGGUCGACCUGAAGACAUGGUGAUGAAGCGACCGUCUAUGAAGAUUGACAGAGACGCUCCAGGAACAGAGUUGGCCUGCGAGACAGCUGCUGCCUUGGCUGCCGCCUCCCUUGUCUUCAAGGAGGCUGAUCCGGUGUACUCAGUCCAGCUGCUGAAGGUGGCCGAGGAGCUGUUCUCCUUCGGGGAUGAGUACCGCCUUGAGUACCACCAAUCCAUCCCCGACGUUUUCCCCUUCUACAGAUCGUACAGUGGGUACGGAGAUGAGUUACUGUGGGGCGCACUGUGGCUCUACCGUGCUACUGGUGAUACCAGGUACCUCAACAAGGCUCAGGCAGCUUGGGAGGAAUUCAACCUGGGUAAAGCGGACAAGCAUUUCUCUUGGGACGACAAGAAGCCCGGUGCUUAUGCCCUGGGCUGGAUGCUGCAGCCUAAUAACACCAUGUAUGAGGACGCUCUCAAAGCCUACCUUAGUUUCCUGAAGACUGACGCCCCGUACACCCCUGGCGGCCUUGUUUACCUCGAUCACUGGGGCUCGAACCGCCAUGCUGCCAAUGCAGCCUUCAUCUCUCUCUGGGCUGCCAAGUACGGUGACCCGGCGGAGGCAGCAGGUAACACAGCCUGGGCUGAGGGCCAGCUGGGCUACAUCCUGGGAGACAACGGUCACUCCUUCGUCGUGGGCUUCGGUGUCGACCCCCCAACUCACUACCACCACCGAGCAAGCUCGUGUCCGCUGCCUCCCCAGUCUUGUUCACAACACAACUGGGGCUACGUUCAGCCAGGACCCAACCCUAACAUCCUCUAUGGCGCUCUCGUUGGCGGCCCUAACCAGGACGGUGAUUAUGAAGACAUCCGGUCGGACUACCAGCGCAACGAGGUAGCCUGCGACUACAACGCUGCCUAUACUGGGGCCUUGGCUGCCAUGGUUGAUAUCAGCUAGAAUCCUGACUACUGUGUGAUGACCAUGAUUGACAGCCCAGUUAGAUGUCUAGCCUACUGAUUGCUGAGUGUUAUUUGUGUAUUGUGUACUGAUUGAUGGGUCAUGACUAGGCCUGCCAGUUAGAUCUUGUGAAAAAAAAUUACUGACCUAGUUUCCCUUUAUUUUGAAGCUUUUCCAAAUACAUUAUUAAAAUUAACCUUUUAAAAACUUUCAGUUUGUAAAUACGUAAUUAUUCAGAUUUAUGGUUUACAAAACAAUUAUUUUGUAUUAGUUUUUAUUAGAUAUAUGAAUCAUUCAUUGACAAAAAACAUUAGUUGACUAAUAACCUUUAUAGUCCCCUAAGCGUUAUUAUUA